AUGUAUAACACUAGCUCUCCCGACAACAUAACCCAGCUCUAUGCGUCGAUUGAGGGGUUUGAUGGCGAUAUUGAUCGUCUGAUUGAUGACUGGGGGAUUCUAUAUCCCUCGUUACCAGAUCAAGAGAGUCCACAUCAUAGAUCUACAACAAUCGAAGGCGGCGGCACAAGCCAGGAAAGUACGUCUCUUGCCCUGUUACUAGGACAGAGUUAUGAGCCAUCUUUUGGACCUAAACAACAGAGCCAGGCAGGCCUUUGGCAAGCACUUCUCGAAAAUAAAACACACAAGUUCAUGUAUGGCAAAGACGAACAAUUCUUUGGCACAAACGGCAUCGGGGGGCCGGCGUACGAGCCUCUCAAGAUCGCAGUCCUCGAUUCUGACAUUUCUCCAAAACAUUUGAAGCCAUUCAGAAUGCGAAUCAAAGCCAGAGAGAACUUUGCUGACGGGCAACAGAAUGCUGCCGACGCUGACCAUGGCACGACAGUUACUGAAUUGGUGCUCAAGGCAUGUCCAACAGCACAUGUAUACAUUGCUCAAGUUACCAAAUUGAACGCAUCUGGUGAAUCCGCCGUUGAUGCUGAAGCUGCAGCAAAGGCAAUUGAAUACGCAGCUGAUCCAACGGGCUGGGGAGUUGAUAUCAUCACCAUGUCAUUUGGCUGGACGCACAUCAACAAGCGCAUCAGCGAGGCUCUCUCUUUUGCUAAACAGCAUGACGUCCUCAUGUUUGCCUCGACAACAAAUUACGGAUUCGCCGAAACAAACAGCAUCCUCUACCCAGGCCGCGCACAAGAAGUAAUCUGUGUAGACGCGGCAGAAGAUACCGGGCAAUUAGCGGGUUUCGCCAUUGAGGAUAUCAGCCAAGGGCGCAUCGAGAGAUUCUCAGCCCCGGGUCUUGGUAUCAUCAGUGCUAUUUCAGGCGAAAUAGUGGAUGGAAGCUCCUUUGCGUGUCCUCUAGCUGCUGGAAUCGCAGCAUUAGCACUCGAAUUUACCAGACAAACCCCUCUAUGUGACAGCAAGAGCGUGCAAGAAGCAGUUCAUCAGCGCGAAGGGAUGGUAAGAAUCUUGAGGAGAAUGUCAAAGCUAAACUUCUCGUCGUCAUCCAGAUUUCUUUGUCCGUGGGAGCUUCUGAGUGAUGAUGAUGGAGUUUAUGGAGGCGAUGGGCAGCCCGGCAGCGCAAGAUAUUUUGUUGCUUAUCGCUUCAUCCGCGUUUUAAGGCAGGAAUUUGGGUCAGAUGUUGGAAAGGAGAUAUUUCCUUGA